AUGGCGACGCCCAUGCACCGGUUGAUUGCUCGCAGACAAGCGGAGGCAAACAAGCAGCAUGUGAGGUGUCAGAAGUGUUUAGAGUUUGGCCACUGGACAUAUGAAUGUAAAGGGAAGAGGAAAUAUCUGCACAGGCCUUCAAGGACAGCUCAGCUGGCCAAAAUCCUUAAGGAGAAGGAAAAGCAACUCCUGCUGCAGCAGAGCACUGGAGAAAGUGCUGCAGAAAAGAAGACCAAGAAAAAAAGGUCCAAGAGUGUGACCAGUUCCAGCAGCAGCAGCAGUGACAGCUCAGCCAGUGACUCCUCCUCCGACAGCGAGGACUCCUCUGCCUCCUCCUCCUCCUCCUCGGACAGUGACAGUGAGGACAGCAACUCCUCCUCCUCCUCCUCCCCCUCCUCCAGCAGCUCUUCCUCCUCCUCCUCUGACUUCGAGUCGGAUUCCAGCUCCUCCAGCAGCAGCAGCAGCAGCAGCACAGACAGCAGCUCUGAGGAUGAGCCCCCAAAGAAGAAGAAGAAGAAAUAGCUGGGGAGGUGAAGGACUGCUGUGGAGUGAGUGACACUGCCCUGCCAGGGGCUGGAGCACACGGCUGCCAAACAUUCAAUGGUCAAACAUUUCUACUGCUCAGAUUUCGAAGUGUUUUGUAUAGAUGUUCAUAGGACAUGGAAGGUAUUAAAUGGCACGUGAGACUAACUGAGAGAGUAUUUUUGUGGUUUAUCCUUUUAUGGAAGAUUUUACUUUUUUAGUUCCAAAAAAAAAGAAAAAAAAGAAUUCUAUCAUCAGAUUUGUUUAUAUGAGCUAAAGUCCAGUAACCUGGAUGUUUACAUGCUGGAAAGCAGAAGCUUUUUGUUGCAGAUUAUGCUGUGCAUCAUGUGCUGUUCCUCUGUUAAUGACAGCUUCACUUCCAUUGAGAAAAAUCCUCUAAACUGCUCAAAGCAGAAGUUUUUCAGUGCUGCUGUGGAGCUCUGGCAUUGUUGAACCUAAAUGCACAACGUGUCCCACACAGAGUCUCCCACCUGCCCGGUGACAAAUGGAUUCUGUGCUGCUGAGUUUGUGUUCCAAUGGCUUUUCCUGAUGCUUCCAGGUCGAGUCUUAACUGCACCAUCCAGCUGAGCUGUGUUGAUUUGUUACUGAUCAAUGUAGUGCUUGUCCUGCCCACAGCCCCGGGGCUUUUCACUCCCCUGUGUCCUUGGCUCUGUGUUGGA